AUGCGGAAGGUGAGCAGGUGGGAAUGUGAGACAGUUGUAAGCGGACUCAAAAUGGGUAGGGGCCGAGGCAGAGGGAGAGGAAGGGGCAGGGGAUCGUCUGGCCAGCUGCGGCCCCCCUCGCCCUACAGACUGCAGCUCUCUCCAUCCAGGGAGACUUUGACGUACGCUCAGGCACAGAAAAUAGUGGAAGUGGAUCUUGAAGGAAGGCUUCAUCGGAUUAACAUCACAGAUCAUCUGCCAGUUAUUACCGAGGACGAGAUGAUGGCCCAAGACAUUGCUGAGUGCAACAGCAACAAGGAGAACAGUGAACAAACGCAGAGCAAAACCAGAUCAUGCAGGAAACCUUCAAACUGUAAAAGUAGGAGGAGUGGUAAAAAUACAUCUCACCAGAACCAACGGUCCGGCUCCCAGCAACACUCAGGACCUACUAACUCCCUCCACCCACCAUCUAACCAUAUCCCUCUGCCCGAGCCCGUCUUUCGUGUGCUGAGUUCCGUUACCCCGUCAGAGGCAGCUCCUCUCCCAACAGCCUACUAUCAAUACAUAGAAAAGUCAAUGGAGGAGCAGGACAGUGUGGCUGAGUACGACAUGGACGAGGAGGACUUGGCCUGGCUGGAGAUGGUUAAUCAAAAGAGAGUGUGUGACGGGUAUGCCUCUGUAUCGGCAGACACUUUUGAGCUGCUGAUUGAUCGCCUGGAGAGGGAAUCCAUCCUGGAGUCCCGCAACCAGGCCCUGUCCCAGAGCGCCGUGGACGAGGACGCCUUCUGCUGCGUCUGCCUGGACGACGAAUGUCUGAACAGUAAUGUCAUCCUGUUCUGUGACAUCUGUAAUCUGGCCGUCCACCAGGAGUGUUACGGUGUGCCCUACGUACCCGAGGGUCAGUGGCUGUGCCGCUGCUGCCUGCAGUCCCCCUCCCGUCCUGUAGACUGUGUGCUCUGUCCCAACCGAGGAGGUGCCUUCAAACAGACAAGUGAUGGACGUUGGGCCCAUGUUGUCUGCGCCAUAUGGAUCCCGGAGGUGUGCUUUGCCAACACAGUGUUUCUGGAGCCUGUUGAGGGGGUGAAGAACAUCCCUACUGCUCGCUGGAAGCUCACCUGCUACCUGUGUAAGCAGAAAGGCCGAGGAGCAUCCAUCCAGUGCCACAAAGCCAACUGUUACCGAGCCUUUCAUGUCACCUGCGCCCAGAAGGCCGGCCUGUUUAUGAAGAUAGACCCAGUCCGGGAGACUGGGGUCAACGGUACCACCUUCUCUGUGAAGAAAACUGCUUUCUGUGAGCAUCACUCUCCGGUGGGGUCCCGACGGGACGGGUCUGGGGACGAAUCGGUUGAAGGGAGACUGGUGGGGGGAAGGGGAAAUCGGGGUCAGAGGUCCUACACUCAAAGCCCCCCACCAACACCACCAAACAAGAAGGCUACCAAGGGCCAGAAGAAGAAGAAUACGAAGGGUCGGUCAUCACGCCGCUCAACCGUGCCUGUGCUGCUCGUGCCUCAGAUCCCAUCUCACAGGCUGAACAAGAUCUGCACAGGAGUGGAAGUCCAGAGGAAGAAUCAGUUCAUGCAGAGACUUCAUAACUACUGGUUGCUGAAACGACAGUCACGAAAUGGGAUGCCUUUAAUACGCCGACUUCAUUCCCAUCUACAGGCCAACAAGACUGCAGAGCAGAGGGAGCCUGAUGAGAAGCUGUGUGCUGCAAGAGAGGAGCUACGAUACUGGCAAAAGUUGAGGCAAGACCUGGAAAGAGCCAGGCUUCUGGUGGAACUCAUCCGCAAGAGAGAGAGGCUAAAGAGAGAACAGAUGAAAAUUCAGCAGGCUGCUCUUGAGUUGAAGUUGACCCCUGCGCUGGUGCUUCUGCGAUCCACCUUGGAACAACUGCAGGAGAAGGACACGGCAAAAAUCUUCUCUCAGCCGGUCAAUCAGUCAGAGGUCCCAGAUUACCUGGAGUUUGUUUCCCAACCCAUGGACUUCUCCAUGAUGGUUACCAAACUGGAGGGACAUGCCUAUUGCUCCAUCGCGGACCUAGAGAAGGACUUUAACCUCAUGAUCUCCAACUGCCUCAAGUACAACUCCAAGGACACCAUGUUUCACAAGACAGCCUUACAACUCAAGGAGGUGGGCGGUGCUGUUCUCCGUCACGCCCACAGGCAGUCUCAGAGCAUCGGCCUGGACCCCAGCACUGGCAUGCAUCUCCCAGAGUCUCCAAACAAACAUGGCUUCUCCAACUGCACCUGGGAUGAUGUGGACUCUCUCUUGGACCCAGACAACAGACUGCACCUGACCACAGAGGAGCAGCUGAAGGCUUUGCUGGACAAACUGGACGUGGUUGCAUCCAUGCGCACCAGUGGGGGUCGAACCAAACGCAUCAGACUGCUGCGGCGAGAGAUCAACAGUCUCAGACAGAAGAUGAACCAGCCGCAGCAAAACUCUCAGUCUGUAAACGGUAACGACAAGGAGGAGGAUGUGAAAGAGGAGGAAGAGGAGGAACAAGAGGAGAAGAAGGAAAAGAAAGAAAAGAAAAAGAAGACAAAUGUUAAAAAUGGACCUUUGACAGCCGUCUCAAACUCUGCAUCAGAUGACUCUCCACCUGUGCUGGAGCUCACCUGCCCAGUGUCCUCACCUCUUCCUGGCGAGGCUCCUCUGGAACCCCCCGUCCUGGGCAUCGCCCCUGGAGGGCGGCGGUCUCCUGGGCGCUCCUACAAGCGUCAGAGGUCAUCCCGCAGCGGAAGCAAAAGCCAAGGUGAAGACGAGGCUGAAGUUGGUGAAACACCGUCUUCACAAACAGAGGCUGUUCACGAGGUCACUCCGCUGGGAACCCCCCCGACUCAGCCUUUGGUUGGAGUCGGUCGCCGUACGUCUGUUCUGUUCAAAAAAGCUAAGAAUGGAGCGCGGAUGGUCAAAAACAAGUCUCCGCCUCAACAGAACGGGCAAAUAUCUGAGGGGAAAACCAACGGGAUGGACAGCACCCCGGUCAGCCCAAAACCCCCCAGUGUGACCAACAUCACCACCUUACCUCCCACCCCCAACGCCUCCCCCACACCCCCCUCCCCCUCCUCACACCACCUGAGGUCCAGAGGCCCCAGCUCAGAAAGUGAUGCUGAUAAACUCCCUACACCACCCAGUGAAGAAGGCCUGACAAAUGGAAAGCACACCUCUGUGGAUCAUGAUGAUGAUGAUGAAGACCAAAAACUAAACUGUAGCGUCUCCCCGCCCAAACGAAGUCGUGGAAAACCUGCAUUGGCAAAAGUUCCAAGCAGUGAGAACGGAGACAUCUGUGGCUCUGGACAGUCUACACUUCUGUGUUCAGAAAGUGAGACCGAGCUCGGACCCCUGGACCUAGUUUGGGCCAAAUGCAGAGGGUACCCAUCAUACCCAGCGAUGAUCGUUGACCCAGACAUGCCCCAGGAAGGGCUUCUUCACAACGGCAUCCCCAUUCCAGUGCCUCCCGUGGAGGUGCUCAAACUGGGAGAACUGAGAGAAACAGAAGAAGGGGAAAAGCUCUUCUUGGUGCUUUUCUUUGACACCAAAAGAACUUGGCAAUGGCUACCUCGGGACAAGCUUCUGCAGAUGGGGCUUGACGACACCGUGGACAAGCUGCGAUUAAUGGAAGGCAAGAAACCCAGUGUUCGCAAAUCUGUGCACACUGCGUACGACCGGGCCAUGGUACAUUUAAAUCACAUCAGGGGAAAUGUUAACUUCACUCCCUCCAAUUUUAUAUAACAUUUUAGUUUAAAUGCAUAGAAGCUUUAUCAAUGCUAUUUGAACAGGUGGGGAAGCUGGUUGUAUUUGAAGGUUUUUCCUGCAUAGAAGUGAUUUAUAAAAUGGAUAGAAAAAGUGCUUGAAGACAUUUUCCUAGAUGAAUUUGUUCAUUUAUUCCUGUAAUUUUUGUAAAAGAUUUUACACAACCACUAUUGCUAUGUGUUCAUAUAAAGUUUUUAUUUUAGGGCAAAGUGAGUCAAGACUAGCUGAAAAAAGUGUAAAUAUGAAAUUGUCAAAGGGAUCGUCUUGAUUCAAAAACAUAUUUAGAUUGUAUUUGCCAUUGAAAUGUCACUGUGUUUGAUGGGGUGUGAAAGUCCCAAUUAAUGUUCACGUCAUAUCUGGACUGCAAGUUUGGCUUUGGAAGAUAAUUCAAAGACAUUUCCUUCUGAGUGAUCUGCACUCCGUUGAAUUACAGACCCUAUUCGAGUGUGAACUCAUUUAGCGAAAUUGCUCGAUAGAUACAACAAGAUGGAUGUUAAGAACAAUUCGGCUGCCAAUUCUUCAACUUGCUGUCCAGCUAAGAUGUGUGGUCGGUGGGGCUUAAGAGGUCUUUACUUAUUUUUCCAUAUUGUGAAACUGUGUUAUGAUACUAGAAUGUCGGAGUACCUGGUGCAGCUACUUGGUUAGUGAGAUGUGAAGCCACUACAACAGUGAAGCUGGUUAUUUUGUGCUCAUAACAAAGUCUACUGCGAUCACUCACUGGAGAACCUGCAAGUUGUCUGCUAAUCUGGCUGAAAUGACUUGAAAAGCACAAUCGGUUCGUUAAAAAAAAAAAAAGAAGAAAAACGUGUAGGAUUGGUGGAGCCAUACACUGUAUGUGGCAUUACAGUGCGUGUGAGAGAGUGUAUAUACAUAUAUAAAUACAACCUCAGUGUAGUAAAGGUGCAUGUGUAUAGUUUUGUAAAUAUGUAAAUCUAUGUUUAUAUUGGCUUACAUGAAGUAAUUUAAGGAAUGCGAAAAUCAAAUUUAGAUUUUAAUUUAUAAUUUGUGGCAGGAGUGUUAUUUAAAAAGUAAAAUAUUGAAAAGAUUUAUGUAUGAUGCUAAGUAGCUCUUUGUAAUAGUGAUGGUAUUCACCAACAUGUCAGAAUAUAUUCUGUAGGAGUGAGGAGGCACAGAGCUCUGUAGGCAGCAGUGAACGCACCGUCUACAGCAGGACGUUUUGGAUCAUGUCACAUGAACUGUUCUGCAGGAUCUAUAAUCUGAGACAAUAUUUUCUCACACAAGAAUAAAUGCUGUUUGAAACAA